UUGACUAAACACAGAUGUUUACAUUCGAUUACACCGCUGUGAUCAUAACACAUUCCAACUCAAGUUUUGAUUCUAAACUCAAUGCAAUAUUCAUGCAUUGAAUCAAUUGUUUUCUUACCAAUUUCACAAAAACAUCCCGAUUCUCUGUAAUCACCAAAGAAUCUUGCGACGAUCCAAAAAUGUCUCUCGGAGUGAAAAGACCCCUUGCGGAACCAACGCAGACAAUUCAGGAACCGGCCCCGAUCGUCCCGCAGAUCGUGGGCUCGAGCAGCGUCACCGCACGAAUAUACAAACGCAUUCGGCUGACAGCUCGCAAAGCGACCGGUGCUCCGGUUUCCAUUUUGGCCUAUGUGAAUCUGCUGGAGGAUGCGGCCAACAGCAACGAUGCGUUGCAGAUUCUCAUAAAAAUUUCCGACGCGAUGCAGUUCGACGAGACCGAAUUCCCGGAGGCGAUUCGCAAGCUGGUGGAGCACUUCCAGCGCGAGCAGGAAUCCGCGGUGAGGGUGAAAAUCCUGUCGCUUUUUGGUGAUUUGGCUACCGAGACGGGAAUCGACGGGCCGCAGUUAAUUGACGAAGUUAUUGGCCUGCUGAAGGCGGAAACAUCGGCCAAGGUGAUAUCGCAGGGAUUGCUAGCGCUGGAUCGGAUCGGAAGGGCGUGUCCGACGUCGGUGGCGUACAUUAAUAAGAUGGUUUUCUUUGCCAAGAGCAAACUGUUCUCGUCCAGUCAUAACGUCCAGAGGCACGCGAUUUUGCUGCUGGGAGCGUUCGUGUUGGUUUCGGACGCGGAGAAGGAAAGUUUGGAGCUGAUUGGCAAGUACACGGAUUCGCAGGAUGCUCGCGUAAGGGCACAAGCGUUUCGUUCGAUACUGGCUAUGGGAGAGCGCGGGGUAAGCUUGCCGGCAACGCUUUAUGCGAGGGCUUGCGCUGCUCUGAACGAUGACUACGAAUGUGUGCGGAAGGAGGCUCUGCAGUUGGUGUAUGAGAUGGGUAUAAGGCACCCAGAGGGAACUAUUGUAGUAAGCGAUUCCGAGCAGGAAAUUCGAUUGAUUGACGAUGCGUUUGGGAAGGUGUGCAAUGCAAUUUGUGACCUUUCAAUGCAUAUUCGUACACUGGCCGCAGAGUUGCUGGGAGGAAUGACAAUGGUCAAUGAUGAGUUCCUCCAUCAGACGCUUGAUAAAAAGUUGAUGAGUAAUAUGCGGAGGAAGAAAAGUUUACACGAGCGGAACGCGGAGCACUUUACCAGUGGUGAGUGGUCCAGCGGGAAGAAGUGGGCGGAUGACGCACCGAAGGAACUGGUGAAUGCGGAAUCCGUGUCGCUGAUGGCUUCCGGAGCAUGCGGUGCACUGGUGCAGGGUUUGGAGGAUGAAUUUUUGGAAGUGAGAACAGCUUCGGUAAAUUCGAUGUGUAAGCUGGCGCUUAAAAAUCCUCCGUUUGCUGUCACAUCGCUCGAUUUCUUGGUGGAUAUGUUCAACGACGAGAUCGAAGAGGUUCGAUUGAGAGCAAUUUAUAGCUUGACGGCCAUUUCCAAACAUAUCAUUUUGCGUGAGGAUCAGUUGGAAACAAUGUUAAGCUCAUUGGAAGAUUAUUCCGUCGAAGUUCGCGAAGGACUUCAUCUCAUGCUGGGAGCCUGUAAGGUCUCCACAAAGGCUUGUCUGUCACUAGUCGUUCAAAAGGUACUCGAUGUGCUGCUGAAGUAUCCUGAAGAUCGACUUUCAACUUUCGGUUGCAUGCAGCGUGUCGGUCAGAAACAUCCUGAGAUAUGUAUGUCGCUAACCCCUCAGUUACUUCAGGAUCAUCCAUUUUUCGACAGCGCCGAACGGGAUGUGGAAGAUCCAUCGUACGUUUGUAUUUUGAUCAUGUUAUUCAACGCAGCCCAACAUCUUCCGCCAAUGCUAAGUCUCUUUCCGGAAACGAUCGUCAAACAUUAUGCGUAUUUGCGAGACACAAUGCCAAGUUUCGUUCCUCAUCUGAAUUUGGGGGGCCAAUCAACCGAACUGACAUUAACCGGUUCCACCGGCUCUCGACAAUUUUUGGAAACCAUUCUGAAUAACACCCAACUCUCGUACUCAGCUCCCCAAGCUCGUCAAGCUCUACUGAAAUCCGCCCAAGAAAAUCUCGACCGUUUAGCCGAAAUUGAUCCAUCAUUCUCAGGGACGGCCAAUUUCACUGCCGUCUUUCUUGGCACCCAACUUCUGAUGGAGCAGUUGCAAGGGGCCACUGCUGGCCAACCGACGAAAGCGCCCCUAAAAGAAAGCCUAAGCCAAUUGAUCCGGAAGUGUCUCAAACUGCAGAAUCUUUUCUCCAAUCUCACACUCGAUGAUCAUCUGCUGGUAAAGCAAAUGUGUCUCCGUGCCAGUGCCCUAAAUUUGGUGUUGGUCGUAAAAGAUCGCACCCAAAGUGCGCUCGCGCCUUGUCAGCUUCUGUUGCACAUCGCGGCGGACGCCAGCAACUAUCUGCAGGAGCACAAUACGCUCGUGGCGGAUUCCUUCACCAGUACCAUCCUCACCAAGCUCGCUUCGAUUGGAGAUCCUCGUCCGGGACGAGUUUUUCGGGAGAUCCUUCCGGUGGUGCAGGCCGCCCCACCAGUGGUGGUUCCGCAAAUUAACACAAACAUCAAAAUGAGCAAAGCCCGCAUCCUGGAACCGUCGGAGAACUGCUUCAACUCGGACAACGUGAUCAAGGUCACCGCCGGACUUAUAGCGGCCGUUCCCCUCGUAGCUGAGCUGGAGAAUUUGCAGGAGUGCCAGCGACAGGAUUUGCGCCUCAAAAUCAAGUAUCCGGACCAAAACGUGCACAUCAUUGUGCCCCGGAAGCGCGAUCUAAAGAAGAUUAUGACGGAGGAGGGCGAGAGUGAGUCCCAUUGGCGGCUGCGGACGACGGUGCUGUUGUCGCACAGCGUGUGGACCGAAGCCUCGCCGGUCGACAUCAGCAUCUGCUUGGCGGUGAGACCCAGCAGCGAUCUCGAGCUGUGCAAGUCGGUGAAGGUGCAGUUUUCCCCGAAACCGGUUAAGAGGGGAAUUUGAGUGGUGGGAAAUAAUAAAAAAUUUUUCAGAUUUAGUGGAAACAUAA